AUGCUGUUUCUCAAAGCCUUUUGCGGCGCAAGUCUAAUCGCGGCGGCGACCGCUACUUACGCCGGCAACCUCAACUAUGAAUCACCCUCUUUGCACCAUCCGUUUCUCGGUAUUUCUAUCCGGAAGGUGGCAGGUCGAUCUGAAGGCAGCACGCCAUGGACGCCGGAGCAGCUCAACUUCACUCACGGCGUGGCUUCCGGCGACCCGUACGAUGACAGCGUCAUCCUCUGGACCCGUGUCGCCCCGACGAUGGAGAACGACCAUAGCAACGUCACGAUUGAGGGAACAGCCCCUGUCUUCGCUCACGACAAUGAUGUGUUUGUCAAAGCGAGCAAAUCGCCGAUCUGCGUCGAUUGGAAAAUUGGCACGUCGGAGACUAUGAACGGGAGCGCCGCCAGAUCGGAUUACCAGUUCAACGUAUGCAACUCCGAGACCAAGUCUCCCAUCGGUAGAACCCGGACUCUUCCAGAAGCAAACUCCAGAGUCAAGCGUCCUGUCAAGCUAGCUGUCUACAGUUGCGCAAACUACCCUUUCGGCUUCUUCAACGCCUACGGAAAUCCAGAGCGAAAAGAUUCUGUCGACUAUGUGAUCCAUCUCGGCGACUACAUCUAUGAGUACGGCAACGGAGAAUACCCCGUCGGCGGUUUGGGUUGGGGCGACUCAAUCGGAAGAGUCCCGGAACCCAACCGCUCUUGUCAUACACUCUACGAUUAUCGCAAGCGCCUCGCUCAGUAUCUGAGCGAUCCCGACCUCCGCGCAAGCCACCAGAAGUUUCCCUGGAUAACGGUCUGGGACGACCACGAAGUGAUGGACAAUCCGUACCGAGACGGGUCGGCGGCGAUGAACAACACCGAACAGUCGUUCAUCAAAGACGACGGCAUCUCCGUUGACGCGCGCAAGAUGAACGCCGUGCGCGCGUACUUUGAAUGGAUGCCCCUUCGGCAGGUCGACAUGGACGACAACCUCCGCAUCUGGCGUAACUUCCAAUUCGGCGACCUCUUCAACCUCAUCAUGCUCGACACCAGGAACUACGACCGCUCCAUCACCGACUUAUACUGGAACACGGGGUACAUCCACGAGAUCAGCGACGACACCAGCCGCUCGCUCAUGGGUUCGCGCCAGGAGAACUGGUUCUACCGCCAGCUCAAGGAUACACCGGCCCUUUGGAGGAUCGUGGGCAACCAGAUCGUGUUCAGUAGGAUGAAUCAGAGCCUCUCCAACGGGCCCAAGAACCCCUUCAACUACGACCAGUGGGACGGCUACGUCGCGAACAGGAACCGCACGCUGAAGACGCUGUAUGAUAACAAGAUCGACAAUACGGUGUUUCUGGCGGGUGAUAGCCACGCCUCGUGGGUCAGUGAUCUCGUGUGGUUAGGUGAGAAGGAUUACGGCCCUGAGACUGGGGCAGGGUCCAUCGGCGUCGAGUUCGCCGGCACGGCGGUCUCGUCUCCCUCAUCAGCAGGGCAGAACAUCACGCAAGAGAAGGCUCUCAACAGGAGUUCGUGGAUGACGGCGGCCAACCCGGAACUGCAGUGGCAGGAGUACUUCUAUCGGGGCUACUUUGAGCUCAGUGUGGGCUACGACGCGAUGAAUGCUACGUUUUUCGGGCUUCCGACGUACGUCACGAGGAACGGGUAUGAAAUUGCGCUGGCAAACUUCACUGUCAAGGCUGGGGAGAAUAAGUUGCAGCGUCCGGUUGGAGGAGGUAGUGUCGAGUUCGGGAGCUUGAAGGGCGGAGUGACGAAGCAAACGAACAUCACCCAUGACACCGGCACUGGAAGCUGGUUUGUUUUCGGGGAUAAGGUGCCCGGUGCUAUGGACCUGCUUCAGGGGGCAGCGAGUAGCUUCCAGAGCGCGGGAGCGGUGCAUGCUGCGGCAUACACCCUCUCUGCCAAGUGGCUGUUUGUGGUGGUUUUCUUCACCUUGGCUUUACCAUCUGUGUACUAUUUGUAG